AUGCGAUCACGACCACGGGCGUCCGUGGAGCACCCACUAGAUACCGCUAGGCUCGUUCUUGGCUUUCUGGUACCUACAGUAGUGACCAAGACUAGACGGCUAGUCACCUGUCUUUCCUCUUCCCUUCCCCCCACCGGGCGAUCGCCCGUGCCAAGCUGUCUCAUCGAGGAUCCUGGUGAGGGAUUUUCUGUCGGCCCUGGUCUGCCCUCGUUCACCCGAGGUUCAAGGAUAGCAGCAGUAGCACCCUCCUCCAUCCAACAUCCCAGUCGCGCAUCGGACCUCCGCGGUCGAGGUACUUGUUGCAGUAGCGGACAUCGAUCGCACAACGCCUUUGCAAAUGGAGAUGCUCGUGCUGCCAGCACCAUUGCCAAGAGCACCAAGAAGUGUUCUACACGUAUGUACCUGCCCCCACGGGCGGGAGGAAGCUCCGACUGUUCAUCGGAGAUCCCAAUCGAGUACGAGGAUGCGCCAUCGUCAUUCGUCAACGGUCUAGCUACAAAGCAGCUAGCUGGGCUGCGUACCUCCAACGCUCUGACGACAACCACUAAAGAGCUACUGCAGGAGCUUUAUCGUCCUUACCUUUUUGACACCUCCGGAGAAGACUUGCUGGCUUGUAUGAGAGAUUUUCUAACCUCAUUUCCAUGCCGCACCCGCACGCGCGCGCCCCAGCGUGCCACCGUGGCAGCCAACCCACCAUCUAUCGAUGACGCGCCGUGCUUUGCAGAACUGCUUCUGCCCAGUGACCAGCAGAUUCCGAUAAAUCGGUUAGUUAGUUUGGUUGAUUUGUAGCAGUGCAAUUGCCCUUGGUUAUUCUUCCGGGCUGCUGUGCGUAUGCUUGGAUCGGGUUUAGCCCGAGCCCUCCCCGACUCGGGGAUUUAUUGCCCGUCCGUACCUGGGCGACUUGCUGUUGGCCAGUCUUGGAAGUAAGCUACGGUCGGCGAAAUUGGUUAGAACUAGAAUUAGACUGCAGAGUUUCGAUGCAGAGAGCUAUUUUCCGGACAUAGCUAGAUAUCCAGACUAGAUGGACUAGGUAGAUACAACUAGAUAGAAGGUCGCGCGGC